AUGCAACUACCCUUCUAUGAACUGACGCCAGUGUCUGCAGUAGGGUCAGUAACUUGUUGUCCACCUCACUGCAAGGGCCAGGUAUGCUCAAAUUCACGUUCGUUAAUACGCAAGCUUGUUACAGAUCUGAGUUUGUUCGUCGAUAGACUCAAAGAUCUAACGCGAACAGAGCAACGAGGCUCGUACAGGCCGCCCGAGUCUAGCCAUCCUAAGUUUGAGGAGUCACUGCAAUGGGCUCUAGAUCUCGUGCAUGAGAGUAAUCUCCGACUGCAGGAGCACGUAGAGCAAAGAUCGUCGCGCAGCCCAAGAUCACAAACUCCACCCGACGACUCGCCAAAUAUGCGAAGAUCCCAGCACUACCUUGAGGAACGCGAAGAGCAAUCUCCACCGACAAGGCAUCACCCACUUCACCAAGAUUAUGGCCAAUUCCUGCGCUCUAAUGCCCCGUCGGAGGAUCUCAGAAGGAAUCCGUAUGGCAUGGUGGCCACAAUUGUCGGAAACUCACCACACCAGACCACAAUGCCUUCUGGGAACGUCUAUAUACCUCCACAGUCACCUCCAAUACAAGCUCCGCAGUCUAUACAUUCGAAGCUACUGCCUUCGCCAUCCUCACUGAACUUUUCAAGCUCCCAAAGCUUGCCUUCGAUGACUCCACCUAUCACGACUGCCCAUCCUUCCGCACACAGUACUCUGUUACAGGACCUGCAACACCAAGUCACCGUCAAGACAUUGGAAUUCCGAACCCUCCAGCGCGAAUACGACAAUCUGCUGCAGAAGCUAGAGCGCCAGAAAACCAAGUGCGCGACGCUCGAAAAGAAGUUUGAAGUAACCGAUGUGGAAAUCAACACCCUGACAGACGAGAAGGAAAAGCUCCAAGCCCAAGUCGCAACCAUGGAGGGCCAGGUAGAGGAGCUACAGCAGAGCCGCGACGAAGCCCGACGGCAGCUGAUUGCCAACGGAGCCCAAUACAUGCGCAUCAUGGAAAUGGCCAACAGACUGCAAACACAGAGCGCAGAAGACAAGAAGAAAUGGGAAGCCGAGAAGACGGAGCUCGAGCAACGCAUCCGUGUGCUAGAAGAAGCCAUGGUGACAGGUGCCGAACACCGCACUCCCACACCAGCAGCACCAGGUACAGAUACGCCUGCAGCCUCUUCCUCGCAAACCGAAACCAUCAACGUCCUCCGCGCAGAAGUCGGCCGUCUGCGCUCCCGCACUCAAACCCUCGAAAGCGCCGUCCAGACGAUGCGUCGCGAAAGCAUUUCAAUCCAGACCGCUGCACGUCAACUUGUCGAUUCUAGCGACAAGAUUGAGGAAGUGGCACUGCGGACAUCAUAA